CACACACACACAGAGCGAGAGAGACUCGUCCAUACACACACAUUCCUCUUCAGUCUCUGUGAGGGGCAGGCUCAGAGUGUGCUGGAAGCCUGGUGCUGUUCUUUAGUGAGCCUCACUCCAGUCGUUUAGUCACAGAGGGAAACCAGAGCAGAGACGGAGGAGGAAGAGCAGAGCAGAGACACAAGAGGAGGUCUGACGACACUAUCUGUAUGCACUGACACUCAAAUUCAACACAUGUAGACAUACAUGCACAUGCUGCGUUGAUACAGUGUAAACAAGGAUCCUCUAAAUAAACACACAAGCUGUCGCGGUACAACACGUGUAUGUGGUGAGCCCUGAACGACUGACUUCUGGCUGACUUGUGACCGGACUUAUAGCACUCCAGAAACCCAUUACACGCACGUGUGUGUACGUGUGUGUGAGCACACCGGCGAUGCCCUCCAGACCUUCUCACAGUAGGAGGUCCAGCAUGGGGAUGGAAGGCACAUGUUCUACAUCGACUGGGAUCCUUACAGCGCUCUGAUUCUACUCCAACCAAAGGGAAUACUGGCCCAAGACCGCUAAACGGAAGAAAAUCCAGAAAUCAACGAUACAAGGACUUUACUUUUCAACCUUUCCCCCCAGGCUGAUAUGAUGUUGUGGAACAAGUUUUCCGGCCGCUUGCUUUCCUUGGCAGCCCUGCUGGUGGCAGUAAGCUGUGGCGGGGUGGAGCAGAGAAAAGGGGCAGAUGGCAGCGCCAGCAGCACAGGACAGGGUAGCACAGGUGGCAUCACGGGUAGCAGUAGUAGUACUAGUAGUGAAAGUAGUAGUGGUAGUAGUAGCAGCAGUAAUCGGAGAUACCACAGAGUGCAGCAUGGACAGUGCACCUACACCUUUAUCCUACCUGAGGGCGACGGCAGCGGAGGGAAUUCGUGCCGACAAGGGAAAGCCGCGACCCAGUUUAACAGCGCCAAUGCGCUGCAGAGAGACGCUCCACCCCUGGAACAGGACUUCGCUUCCCAGAAGAUCCAACACCUGGAGCUCGUCAUGGAGAACUACACUCAGUGGCUGCAGAAGAUUGAGAACUACAUAAAGGAGAGCAUGAAGACCGAGAUGGCCCAGCUGCAGCAGAGUGCCGUUCACAACCACACGGCCGCCAUGUUGGAGAUGGGCACCAACCUCCUAUCCAAGACGGCCGAGCAGACGCGCAAGCUAACGGAUGUGGAGACGCAGGUUCUGAAUCAAACCUCCAGACUAGAGAUUCAGCUGCUUGAGAACUCCCUGUCCACCAACAAGCUGGAGAAGCAGCUCAUGGUGCAGACCAAUGAGAUCAGCAAGCUCCACGACAAGAACGGGUUCCUGGAGCAGAAGAUGCAGGAGAUGGAGUCUCGUCACCAGGAGGAGUUGGAGAUGCUGCGGGAGGAGAAGGGCAGCCUGCAGGCCCUGGUGGCGAAGCAGAGUGGAGUGAUCCGUGAGCUGGAGACCCAGCUGACCAGGGCCACGGGCAACAGCACCGCCAUGCAGAGGCUGCAGCAGGAGAUGAUGGACACCGUGCAUAACCUCAUCAGCCUCUGCAACAAAGACGGAGUAGUCCCAAACAGCACGAAGAGGGUGGACGAGGAGAAGAAGUUUCGGGACUGCGCCGAUCUGUACCAAGCUGGCUUCCACAAGAACGGGCUCUACACCAUAAACAUCAAUGCCCAGGAGACCAAAAAGGUGCAUUGUAACAUGGAGACCGCUGGCGGCGGAUGGACGAUCAUCCAGCGAAGAGAGGACGGCAGCCUGGACUUCCAGAAAACGUGGAAGGAAUACAAGACGGGCUUCGGGACGGUUUCUGCAGAGCACUGGCUGGGGAAUGAGUUUGUAUACCUGCUGACCAGCCAGAGGCAGUAUGCCCUCCGUGUGGAGCUGACCGACUGGGACGGACACCAGGCCUUCUCCCUAUACGACCGCUUUCACAUCGACAGUGAGAAACGCAACUACAGACUGUUCCUGAAGAGUCACAGUGGGACAGCGGGCAGGCAGAGCAGUAUGGUGAUCCACGGGGCAGACUUCAGCACCAAGGACAUGGACAAUGACAACUGCAUGUGCAAGUGUGCCCUCAUGCUCACAGGGGGUUGGUGGUUCGACGCCUGCGGCCCGUCCAACCUCAACGGAAUGUACUUCACCAAAGGGCAACACGUCGGGAAGCUAAAUGGCAUCAAGUGGCACUACUUUAAGGGUCCCAGCUACUCGCUACGAGCAACAACCAUGAUGAUUCGACCACUGGACUUCUCAUAGACAUCAAGUGCAUCUGAAAUGGCACCCCUAUUCUCUAUGUAGUGCAAUACCUGGUUCAAAUUAGUGCACUAUAUAGGGAAUAGGGUGCCAUUUCAGAUGCAGUGUUAGACCUUCUGCCCACGCUCUCUGUUAGACCACUGGGACAACUAUAUUGGGAGGAACGCGUCCUGCUUUACCCUGUUACUAUCGUCUCACCAUAACGACUUUGGAGUUUGUUACGGAGGUGAACUCUACACCACCUGGCUGUUGCUCGGUAACUAUACUCCAGGUGUCGGCCUGGAAGUGUGGUUGGAGAGAAGAGGGCUUGUGGAACGAGAGGGGUCCCGUCCUAUCACGUAGCUGAACUGCGACUGGUGAACUUGCUGCGGUUGGAGGACAUACUUUAGCUUUGCUCUUUUUUAUAUUUGAGGCAUCAACUCAAGUAGAGUUCAGCUCUCAGCUCUCACCCCAGGCCUGUGGACUACUGGACUCCUGUCCUUUUUGGGAACUAACUGCAACAUGGCAGCUUUGUCUGUAUGGGUAGACUACCCGUAGACUACAUGAGAGACUGCAUAGACUCUUUCAGACUACAUGACUCCCUAUGAACUCUGUGCAUCUGGAAUGUCCUCACAACCAUACGGGAGAUAUAUACAUUUUUAUAGAGGUGUGGCACAAAGACAUUGGGACAGUGAACAAUGUUUUGUAUUUCAUGCUUUUUAUUCCUAUAUACCCUAAUACAUUUGGAAUGACGUGAUGUUUUUUUUGUGUUUUUUUUACAUAAGCCUCUCUGGAUCGUUUCUGGAGAGGAAAAACCACAAGCUCACAGCUUACAAGGUCACCUUCCAUAUAACAUGUUGGUCUAAUAAAAAAAGUAUGGCUCAGUAUACGGUUUUGCUGCCAGUUAUAUAGUUGUUGUCCUGACAGAGUGAAAUGAUUAUCUUCAAAGUUCAAGAUGCCAUGUUAUUAUUGGAUUUGGCCACGGAUGGGGAUUUAUCUGCAUUUGCUAUUGGCUGACAAACAACCAAUGGUUGCCAAGGCUCAAUAUUUGUUGAUGUAUUUGUUGAUUCCUCAUUUAAGUACGAAAAAGAACAUACUGUAAUGAAGUCAGGUUGCAUGUAAUAUUAAGUCAACUGGUAUAACUGUGUAUGAGAAGGACAACAUUAUUUGUUAUACCAAACCAAUUGAAGGUAGUGUAUAUUAUAUCAUACUUAUCUUUAUCUUAUAUUAUCUGUAUGAUAAUGGUCAGUUUCCCAUCUCAAGUAUUGUCAUACAUCUAGCCCCCUAAAAUGUAUAUGGACAUGGAUGGUGUAAUUCUAACUUUCCUGAGAGAUUUGAAAUCCUUUGGACAUCAGAUUUGGAUUUUACAUUUGAAAACACUAUAGUAUUGGGCAAUAGCAAAGUCUAGAUGAUUUGGACCAUUCCGACCACAUAUAAAGCCCUACCGAGAAAUGGUGAGUGCUUGGAUCGGCGCUAUUAGAGUGAAAUAUAAUAAUCUACUCAACAAAUGUGUUACCAAUUUAAAUGUUGGCCUAAUUGAUGUUAUGCUGUCUACAAUGACUCGAUCCACAAUCUCAUACAUGUUCCCUUCAAAUGGUACUCCUCAGUUUGCUUUGCUUUUGCAAUCCCAUGGCUUUAAAAAGAGGAAGAGGUUAUGUUAUGGAGUGAUCGCCUUUUUAUGACUUCGGAGGUGCUGUAGGGGCCUUGACAGAAAUGUGGCAUGUCCAUAUUUUGAGCUCUAUCCACUGACCAAAAGACACGUCCCGUUUUAUAGGAAACGCCCCCACAACGUCCCUCGAAUGUUUCUUUGCUCAGACAGACGACCGCACUGAACCCAAUAUCCAGACAGAUCUGUCUCUUUCAUCAAUGCAGCUUAGAAACUGUCGUUUUAAUAACGCUUAGCUGAGGCAUAAAAUGGAUGAUUCAUUGAAGUGUAGUGUGUGUACUUGUAUUGCAUUUCUGCCAGCAUGAAACAACAAGAAAGAAUAUACGGUUUAAUAUACGGUAUUACUAAGGGUAGGCUGCAUAUACAUGUUGAAGAAGGACAAAUGGUAUCUGGAACUCACUACUAUGAAAUUCCAUGUUUAUUAACAUACUCAAAUUGUAUAAUUUAAUGAGUGCAUAUGUAAAAUUACUUUCCUGAGGAAAGCUACUCCUUUUCGUUUUUGUUCCUCCAGAAUCGCUGUGGUGUUUGAAGUUGAACAUAAAAUAUACAAGUAAUAAUAAUAACAGUUGAGAAACGUGCCUUAAAUGAUUCUGCUUUUACCUCAUUAAACUGUCGAUUUGCUAUUUUAUUUAAACUACAUUUUUUUUGUAACAAGUUGUCAAAAUGCCAUGUUUUUGGACGAAAUAAAAAAAGCAUGUGAUGCACUAAUGUUUUCAAUCUG